AUGCUCCAUUGGAAACCUGGUGGAUACUUUGGCGCUACCAACAUAGAGGUUGUGGAGGAGUCCGAUAUAGAAGCAUACUCGUGCUGUUCACCCUUCGCCCUGAGGAAUACUCAUCAUACAGUUAAUCGUAGCGCUGGGGAGAAAGCCUGCCAGGCGAUUGGUAAUAUGGUAGGGCAGCUGAUGCAGGCAGCCGGAGAGGCCGCCGAUGACACUACCAAAACGUGUGUCGAGGGAGCCCUCAACUUCACCAUAUCCUUCUUUGAAUCGACCAACCCCAAUGCUUGUGUGCUUAGCUGUCAUGUACGGCGCUCACUGUUGUUCCUCAUAAACAUCUUAUCCCUCUUCCCCUAUGGUGACGGUGUAGUCAUGCCCUCUGUGAAGCUGAUGGCGAAGGCGGUGGUGAUUGUGGCCGUCCAUAUAGACCGCUAUAGCUGCAGCCUUAUGGAUAUAUUCCUAGCCGAAACUGCUGAUAUUGUAUAUGCUUUGAAGGGCCUUCACCUACUACUACGAGAGAGUACCGAUGCUUCAACAAGCCAGUCUCGACACGUCUAUCCUCAAUUCGUGUCGGCAGCCUAUGAAUCUAUGAGGCCUCAGCAAUCAUCUCCCUGUAGCCCUGGGCCGGUGUCAAUACAGUGGACCUUCAACUCCAAGAAGGCCUCUGCCGCUGCUAUCACUGGGGUACUCUCAACGGUAGCUCGCCUCCUGAAAGUCCGUAGGGAAUACCUCGGCUUCGACUCAGUCGCAAGUGGAGAUGUCUUGACAAAGCUUCUCAGCUGUGUGCUAGCCCUCGUCCCCGAGCUGGGAGAUGAUUUUGAGGAGGACCUCUUGUCGGCGUGUUGGGAGUGUAUUGGGGCUCUGCCGUGGCUACCUCCUAGUCGUGCUUUGGACGUCCUGGAUUUGGUCGAAUCUAGCGGUUGCCCUCCUAUAGAGCACUCGGCAGAGAUCGCGAGCCUGCUUAUCCAUUCCCUUCCAGACGGAGCACUAGUGUGUGAGCAAGGGAUAGUGUGGAACAUUGCGACCCAAGCUGGUUGGUGGAAGGAUGCGCAUUGCAUGAAGGCUAUGGCAGAGCUGUGCCGAAAGGCUGGACCCCUAGAGGUGGACGUUGCGGACAUGCUCUUGCGACACUUGGGAGAUAUACCUCAUGAGAGUGAUGUUCAACGGGCCUUGACACAGCUCAUCCGUGCCUCUGGUGUGCACUCAGAGGCUGGUCAUUCACGUUGCUGCAGGCUAUGCGAGUCAGUAGGGCCUCCUGGCUCCACGCCGUCGCUUUGGUGGUCCGAGGUUCUCAUUGCGAGUGGUACUAAGAUAACUGAGAAGGAGUUGACCCUUGCUACUACUGAUGACAGCAGGGAAUGGGGGGACAUGCUCAAGCAUGUUCGCUCACCUGCCUUGCGUGGAGAGGAGCCCAUCUGGAGGUGUAUAGCUGCUAGCCUUCUACAUAUGGGCUAUAUGAAGCUCAGCGAUGGUGUUAGUAAAGAGAGUGUGGCUCGGCAGUUGCUGCAGAUGCUCAACUCAGCUGAUAGAUCCCGAGCGACAUGUAACGCUCAUCUUAUUUUCGCCACUGUUAUUACUCUGUCCUUCGUGGAGGGUGCCUCUCGAGACCUCUUUGCCCACGACAACACCGAUGGGGCAUGGGCCUGCCUCAGUCCGUUAUUCGGCCGGCCCACGGCCCAUGAUAAGCCUUCGGGCCGUUCAAGAACUGACAGUAGUUACCUUCGUGUCACACUGCCAUGUAUGGCGAGAGCAGCCACCAAUGGUGUCAGUAGAGACAGCAGUGGUAUUGGUAGUAAGCUUUCAACAUCAGUUCUAGCGACAGCACGCGACCUCGUUGCUGGCUCCAAAUGCGGCAAGUCAUGCAGUUUGUGCCAGUUCGCCUAUGGACAGGUCGUGAAACUGGUAGGUAAGCUCACUGGAGAGGUUGAACCUUAUCGAGCUUUGGUGAACAGUAACCCGCGAGUAGUGUUGGACCGAGGAGAGGAUAAGCUGCCACCGCCGCUGCCAGAGAUAUGCAAACCAUUUAUCUUACCAGCCCUCUUUGCCGCUCAUAUCAAAAGGUGCCGAAUACGUUCUUUAUACGAUACUGCCGACAUGGGCCAGGCUUAUUUCCGCUCUGCCCUUAUCCCCGCUCUGUCAUCUCUAUGGUAUGGGGGGCGGCAUGCUGUGUGCCUCCUAUUGGAUCUACCCUCAACUGUUACAAGGCUGCGGUCGGAUAAGGAGAUCGUCAUGCCUCUGGUGGGGGAGUCCUUGGUACAGCUUAUCUUGAACGCCCUUCUUGCCGAAGUCGAAGAGGAUAACCUCAAGCACUAUGUACUUCAGCUUGUACGCUUUCUGAGCCUUGAUGAUGAUCCCAAUGUCACCAACACCGGUGCCAUGGAGGACCUCGUCACUGACUGCUUAGCGGAGGUCCUCGCCCAUGGUGUCUUUGCCGUGCCCUUGGCCCAGAUUCCUUCGGGCUCACUGGAUUACGCAGUUAUGAGGGUAGUCUUGGACAUAUAUGGUGGACGUCAUUGCUUGGACACUAUCGUGGAGGCCGACUGUGGUGGUCUCCUCUUCAUGGUCCUCUUGCGUUUCGCUCGGAGAUUCCUCUAUGGGACAGACUCGUUCGAUACCAUAAAGGCAGCUACCAGUGAGAAGGUGGAUAAGAUACUGGCCCACAGCGCUAGGAUCAUUGGCACCAAGGGUCGACUUUCGAUGGCAGCCCAUAGUGGAGGAGGAGGAGAGCCUCCGACUAAGAGGGCUCGUUCGAGUGUGAACGGAAGGACCCCUGACAAGGUGCACGCUAUGAAGUGCUACUAUCUCUACGUCCUCAAGCUCAUCACCGAUACAUCCAUAAAGGGCAGCGAAGAGUCCGCAUGCUACUGUACAGCUUUAGCUCUGCUCUUGGACAUCGCGAAUGAGGAGGUACUGCAGCUGUACUGGUCUCAGAAUCUCAAUGCCGUUCACAAGCUCACUCUGAAUGGUUCGCCCUGGCAGGCCUCGGAGGGCGAGGCCCUUCUACGUCCCUGGAAAAGUCUCUAUCACCGUGCCCGACUUGAGGAAAAGCUAGCGAUGCUGUCCACAUAUAUGGUCGAACUACCCAGGGUGGGGUACGACCAAGCCCGCUCCUAUGCUAAGGGGCUUCCUAAGCAGGUCAUCACUGACCCGCAUUUACGGAUCAUGUUUGGUGGUGACCACACACGUCUCGAGGAAGGGCAAGUGAAGACAGUACUAUCCUAUGUUUUCAAAGAGAUAACGUACUCCCCUCCAAGGCCUGACUGCUGCAUUGAGGGUAUACUAGUGCUACUGGCGGACCUCCUCCUCUUCCAUUAUGCGGAGACGUGGAACGACCCUUAUGGAGAGCUGGAGACGUUGGCCAACCAACUCGACAAGCACUUGACAGACCUGCUGCAACAACGUGAUGCUGCAGCGGGUGGGACGUUGAGCAUUGCUCUGGCCAGGGCCCUGGGCUCCUUAGGUCGCUGGAGGUACAACCCUGCUGUUAUCGAUCGCUGUUCUGUCACCAACCCGGGCCACCGAGCUAGAAUAGGUAUCGAGGAUCCUCAGCAGGCUUGGUGUGACAACAGUAACGGUGAAGGUGUCGCCAAGGAGCUCGCCGUCCAUCUCUUGCUGACCUACAUUGUUCCCAAAAUGGGCAGCGCUAAAUACUCCUAUUUAGCACAAGCCAUCCUUACUGCCAUGGGAGGUGGCAACUUCCUUGAAUCUGCUGUUGCAGACGAUCUACUAAGCAGAGUAGAGGCUGAAACCCUCUGGCCGUAUCUCUCCACCUCUUACAAGGUAGCCUCUGCCACUGAUGAGCGCGGUCUUGCCAAGGAUGCUUCCCAGUGGACCGUCCAGACUUUGGCCAGAUGGGUUGUCCGAGAGUUGCCUGGCACACAGAACAACACCGUUAAAGUCCGUCGACUCAUGUUGUCUGUGGAUCUUCUAUUGAAGCAGUCCAGCACAGUAGCUUCAGAGGUAUUGCCAACUCUAGUAGCUGCAUUGCUGUACUCCAAUAAGGAUACCCAUAAGAUGCUGGAAAAGUUAUUCCAGCAUAUGCAGGAAAUUCUCGGGUCUAAGUCGGCAGAGCGGCCAGUGUUAGCUGUCAUCAUCGAUAUCUACGAGGUGGUCGAGUCUUGGGCCAGCAAACUCGGUAACGAUAAGCUUAGCCAACGCUUGGCCCCACGACUACUGAUACUAUUGCAGCGAGAUAGACAAGCUACGUACCUCUCCCUCUCUAAGGCAGCUGAGAGAUGCGAGAUGUGGUCUCAUGCCCUUAUGUUCAUAGAGAAGGCCUACGCUCCACCGAGCACUACGGUUAUGACUUCCGACGACUACGUCCAUCUGGCUACGGUCUUUUCCAAGAUGACUCCCGAUGCAGGCUGGGUCGCGGCCAGCGAGGCCGGGGCAUUGGCUGUUGCCAAGAAGCAAGACUCUGCCAAGAUAUGCUGUGAUGGGGUGGCUGCUGAUGGUGUUAUGGAUGACAACAUGACUCUCCAACAGAGGGAGGAAAAUUGGAUCCGAAAGGCCGCCUUGUUGGGGAAGUGGUCGGUACCCACUGUGGAGUUGAAGGAGUCAUCGACAGUAAUAGAUGCCCUUGUCAGCAUUAAGGAGGGGAGUACUGCUUUCAACGUCACCAACGCCUAUAAAGGUGUGGCUACCCAGCUGAGCCUCGGCAAGAGAGAAUCGACACUGAUGGAGCAGGAGUGUCGUCAGAAGGCCCGGACUCUAUUUGAUUUGGAAUGGUGCCUUACCAAUAGGAGCAGCCUUUGUCUACCGCAGACUCUACGCGUGCGUGUAGGGACGGAGGACGCUGACAAGACUGUGGGUAGGCCUGCAGUAGCGAUGGCUGCGAUUCGAGCUGUUGGUGGGAAUCCUCAGCAGUUGAGCCACCUCCUAUGGGAGCAUCUCCAUGCUUUACGACGAGCUGGGAGGUCUGAACUAGCAGAACGGGUUGGAAUAGUGUGUCGGGCCCAACCGGAGAUCUACCGCGAGAAGAGCGUCCUGUUCAUGCUGGAGAUGUCUAAGGUCUAUCGAGAUCUCGGGAAGAUCAACAAGUCUCGCGAGGCCUUGGAAGAUGUUGCACAGCUACUAGCAGGUCGGGGAGCUCAAGAUGCCGACAAAGAUGUGGCGUGGUGCGUGAAACUAGACAGAUUGCGGUAUAGCUGUUCUAAGAACCUUAUGCAGCCGCGGGAGUCGAUCCCAGUGUUCAGAGAGAUCCUAGCAGAGGCAACAAGUCUACCUGCCAAGAGGAGGGCUCGAGGGCACUUUGCUUUUGCACAGUAUCUCGAUGGUUUGCUCGAGGAGGAAGCUAGAUAUCAGUCUGGCUUAUCGAGAACUUUGUCUACCCAGAAGGUUCUGCAAGAGAUCACAGUGCAGUACAUGCUGGCCAUACAGUUCGGCACCAAGCACGAGUUAUUGGCACUGAAUAGGAUCCUGCGUAUCAUCUGGGAUCAAGGCUCGGGUGCUCUCGUCAACUUAAUCCCGAGAGAGUACUUACCGCACUAUGAGAAGUGCAUCGGUGACCUUUCGAAGCAGGUGAGGUUCAUGUUCAUGUAA